ACUCACAUCAUGACGAGCGAAUUCUCCAUUCACGUACAACCUCACAGCCGCUACAACGUUUUUGACGCAUCAGGACAACUACCAUUCAGUGUUGUGUUCGGCAUCUGCCGUCUUUCCAAGUCCGAUACGGAUCCUCGCCCACUACUUAUUGAGACUGCAGGCUCAGUGUUCGAUGUCCCAUACGCCUUGAUACAUGGCUUGCUUACCCUACAGGAGGAGCAUCCUGGGGAAGCUACAAAAUGGGUCGAUGUGGAUUUGAGUAAAAUAGGAGAAGUUGACAAGAAUACUCCAGAAUGUAUUUCUGUUCCUUCUCCAGUCAGCAGAACGAAGAACUGGAAGGACGAUAUGACGGUAUAUCUGGACCAUAUUGAUGUGAAGGGUGCUUUGGUAUCGAUGCUCAAAGUAGGCAACAGGUACAGAAUAAAACUUGCGAGUAAAGACCUCGGUGUCAGCAAAUGGACGUACGGCAACCAAGAUCAGUUUGCAGCGGCUCAUGGUGAAACGGCAAGGUUGGUCAACAGCUACUCCCAUGGCAAUGCAACAUUCAAAGUCACGGACAAGCUGUUGUUCCCACCGAAAGUGGAGGUGAGGCUACGCUUGGUUGAGAGCACGUUGCUAGAAGUUACCGUUGAAAAUACGACGGAGGAAAUCAUCACUGUACAACCUCGAGGCCACCAAAAUUUUCUUGUUCCAUGGGGCCCCAUGCAGCCAGAACCCGAUAUGCUCGACGACCGUCCAAGAAUCAUCGACUCUACGCCACAAAACUAUGCUCCGAUAUCUAGUCUCGUGGUUCUUGAUGCUGCAACGGGAGAAGUGGUCCGUGGACAUGAAGAUCUCAGCAAGUGUCACUUGAGCGACCCCAAAGCCGAUACGCGACCCAAAGUAGACGAGUUGAUAGCAUUGGAGCCUCAUAAACUGGUUACUGUUGUGCACCAGAUAGAUUGGAAGGUGCAAGGACUACAGGAUGGAAAGUACAAGAUCCGGAUGCAUCCAAAGGGUUGCCGCUGGUGGCGCGGAAAAGUUGAGAACGAGGAGGGCGAAGACGAAAAGGUUCCAGCACGACUAUGGAAAGGGGUCACUGUUCCUCUCAUGCUUGAAUCUCAGGAUGAGCUGGAAGUGACUAUCAAAGACGGAAAGGUGGACAGUGCUAUGUGA